UUCCCAAUCAAUUUUAUUAAUAUUUUGAUGAAUGAUUGUGAACUUGGAAUAUUCGAGUUAUUGACAUUCGAUUUAGAGGACUUCCGUCGAAUCUUAGAGCCUUGUGGAAUAGAUUGGUCUUAUAAAAACCUUUCUGAACGGAUAAGUGCUUGGAGAAAACGAAACAAACAGCAAAUAGCAGCUCUUUUGAACAGCGACGCGGUACGGAAAACAUUGCAUUCAAAUGCAGCGCCUGUUGCAGAUCAGCUCGAUACAUCAGCGGAGGAGCUAUUGGAACAGGAUCCAGUGUUGGUGAAAACCGAGGUGGAAGCGAGUAAUCCGGAAGAGUGUGUUGAACAAGUGACAUUAGAACUGCCAGCGGUCAUUGAUUGGGAAGUUUCAUCAAAAAACAGUCCAACAGAAAAAGCAGUUCUCCUCAACGAACUGUACUGACUACAAACGUAUUGAGAACCCUGCUUGAGAAAACUGAGAUCGGAAAAGAAAUUAUUAAUAGAGCAAAUGUAGGGGAGCUGUCGGAAGCGAAACAAUUACAACUGGCUGGCAUUGUAGCUCAAUAUCAUUUCACGUUGAAAAAGAAGUUGAAGGCAGAUGAUUUGGAAACAUUCAAUCGAACAAUAAUAAUGUUGUUUAGAUCAGAAAAAA